AUGGACGACGACAAUCCACCUCCGAGGAAGAGAUCUCGCUUCUUCAGCAACGGUCGAAGCAAGAUUGGCAGCAUCAUCCAACCUUUGAAACGACCAUCCCGACGCCAAUUGUCAACCGGACAAGCAAAUGCCUCUUCGUCCAACACCUCGGUGACAGACGAUGCUCCAAUACUUGACAAUCCUGCCUUCACUCGAUCAGCGCAGCCAUCCCUCCCAAUAUCGAAUUUUGAUGCGGCCUCAUCCUCCCCAGUACCACAGCCAGAAGAACUACAGAAAGCAUCCAAGUCCAGACAGUACACUCACUCGCAAGUAGAUACCACGGGACCCCCGAAGUCACGUCUCGCUUAUGGACACAUUGAACAAGAGCACGCUCAAGCGGACCACGAUUACGUGGCAACAGAUCAAGACAGAAACACCAAAGAUGAUGCGUCUUUGGAAGCUUCUACAGUCGAGCAACAUCCGCCACACAAGACCACCGUGAAAAGCGAAAGACGAAAAGCCAUAUAUGGGAUUGACUCACUUCAACCACAGAAUGGACAAGCAGAUCCGGAGGGUGAAAACAAUCAAAAUAACUCUGAAGAACCAGCCUCGACAACCACUGCGAAUCCAGACCCGUUUGGUCCUAUUGCAACGCAAUAUACCUUCACAGGCGUACCAUCAUCUGCCCAAAUGCCGUAUAUGUCUAGACAGGCUCUUCUAGGCCACCCUCAUCUUCAACCGGUCACUGGCCCAUCCACGACGCCGACGCAACCCUCUCGGCCCGUACAUUCCAGGUCCAGAGUUCAACGUCGGCCAAGCACACCACCACAGCCCAUCGAGAUGCCAACUCCAAUGGCUCCUAAUGCCAUGGUUGGGAAAUCUGGAUACGGAGAGAAUGGUCAGACCCCUCCUCCUCCUGACCUCCCACCGCCACCUGCACCUCAACCAUACAUUGACAUGGACCGCGACGACCGAGGCCACCGAAUUCAUCACCCAAUCUACCAUCCCAGUGUUGGUCCUCUUCCCUCACACGUCCUCUAUGCCAACACCUCAGGCCGUCCGGCUUACCGCGUCCCAGACCUCCAACCCAUAUCUCCCACACGGCGAGACUCCCUCGUGCCCGACACACACCUCACCUCGCCCAAGCGCAUCGAACGAGCCAAACACCAAGCCCGCAUCAACCUCAAACGCAAACGUGCAGACUCGGUCCUCCCACCACCGGCUUACGUCUACCAGCGCACCAACAACCCCCACUUCAACAUCUUCCACGGUCUCCUACUGUACCCGGAACUCGUCUUCGCCCUAGCCUCCGCGCUUCCUGUUAAAGACCUAGUCAGCCUCUACGCCAUAAGCAAAGACUUCCAUACCAUAAUCGACACGCGCUUUACCACGGUGAUCCUUUCGCAAGCGCUCUCCAAAGCCCCCGAGUCCGCGCGCUCCUUCGGCUUCCGCAGCUACGCCUCAUUAUGCCGGAACGAUCCUGCUGCGCGCAUCCCACACCCCAACGCCGCCCAAGCAGCCCUGAACAUUCCUCGACGGAUCCCCUCAUUCCGCUGGCUCAAGAUGAUCCUGCACCGUGAAAAGGUCAUCCAUGAACUCGUCACCGUCUUUGCGGAGGACGGAAUCCCAUUGCCCUUCCGCUGCCGUCUCGCACUCAAGAGGUUGUGGUUUAUGCUCGACCUGCCCGACAACGCGCGCCGCAUCGGCUACGUGCACAACCACCGCCUUUUGACGAACCUGGACCUCUACUUCGCCGCGUGCUUCUUCACGAAGCUGGACAUGCGCCUGAACGACCCCGUCGCGGGCGAGAAGAGAGAUGGUCUGCGCCGACUGUUGAUGCAGCAGAGGUCCUUCACGACCAUUUUGAGGGUUCUCAAGCGCGACAUCUGGACGACAAAGCUGGACGUGCUGCGCGAGUGGGUGCGGCAGCGGUACGAGCCUCGUGCCGACGAAAUAGGGUUGUCCAUCUUCGGCGUGCCCGCGGACAGGGCCGGCAAGGGUCGGCUGGAGUACUGGGGCGAACGGAACGCACACCAGAUCGGUCGCGUGCCGAAGGAGUUGCUGCGUCCGGAUCAGUUGGUUGUGAGGGAGGCGAUAAGACGUGGUAUGCCACUUGCGGAGCACUACGUCAGGUUCAUGCUGUAUGGGUAUGUGAGGCCGGACACGCUUAAGGAUUAUGCGCCGAGGAAGUAUGGACGGCGGAUCGAGCAGAUUAAGGACGACGAGUAUGAGCUUGAUGAUGUCAUCGGAGGCGUGGCGGCGCUGGGGGUGGAAGACGACGGGUUCGAUGAACUUUUGGAUCUGGGACCGCCGAGGCAGGGGAGUGUGUUAACCAUUGUUAAAGAGGAGACGAGUCGGAAAGAAAAAGAGUUGAGGCAGGGUCAGAAGGAGUUCGCGAAGAAGUGUGUUGAAUGGUGGAAGAGAGAGAUGGAGAUGGAGAAUGUCGAGGGCGACAACGUCUGA